GGAAAUAUUAGGGAAAUUAAGACGCAGAACAGGGAGGCGAGAUGUUGCUGCUGCUGCUGAUAACAGGCCCGGAAAAUCGUGAUGCUUGAUUCGAGGGGGCUCUUAAAAAGGAGCGGGGUUGGAGGGAUUUGAUGAUAGGUGGGGGCGGUGUUUCGCAUUUACCGAAGGUGCUAGGUCCAGUUGAGUGCCAACUCGACUGGAUAAGAGCGGACUUCGACAUCGGACGGGUGCUACCGUCAGCGUGCUAUCAUCAUUUGUCGUGGUUUGCCGUCCGCGAAGUAAAAAAGAAAAUCUGGAAUAAACGAAAAAGUGACACUUUGGCGGCGAUGCUGGUUCGCGCGCCUUACAGUUUCCUCUUCAUUCUUACGAUCUGCUGUUGGUUGAGAUAUAAUGCUGCGAUUCCACUUGUCCCUCAUUCAAAUCCAAUGCAAGAUGCAUUCAAAGAGAAAAAAACAGUUUCUCAAAUUGCUUUGGGUGGUACUACUUUAAAUUCUCGUUCGAGAAAGGCGACAUUAGAUGUCACAUCAGACGAGACAAGAUCAGAUGUGACAUCAGACGAGAAAAAUGAUGAAAAUGACGAAGAUGACGAAAUUCAAAACAAUAUAAAUCGGAAUGUAAAUGUAAAUAUGAAUGUCUUUCAUCGCGGUAAGCGUCAUCGUAUCGGGCACAAUCGCGAUAAGCAUAAGCGCCAUAAGCAAAGCACGACGGAAAAUAUCAUGACGGUCGUAGAACAAGAAAAAGGUCACAGAUUAUUGGAAGAAAUAGCCAAGGAAAAAAUAUCGACGAAUUGUGCGAGUAGUAACAAGAAGAAUCAGAGGUACUCGAGUAGCUUCCUCGAGAAUACAACAGACAGCACGCUAACCGUGGAAAAGGAGUUUCACGAUGUGGUUGGUAACAAUUCUAAGGUAAAAAGAUCUGGCAGCGUUCACGAGGGCGAGGACAUCACUCUGUGCUGGAUUGAAACGACGACUAUCAAGGAGGACAAGGCCAUUCAACCGCCGAAGAGACUGGUUAUUCGUGAGUACACAAUUUCCUUUGAGAACUCGGCAACCAUACCGGAAAGAUAUCUCGAAUGCAAAAGGUUCGAGGGCGAGCUGACGGCGGACGAUCCCGACAUCGGCAAAACGGCUCUGUUCGAGAUCAUAGACGAAGACACGAUGGUCAGCAGAAUCGUCAAUUUCACCUCGGUCAGUCACGUUGGUAAUGUCAUCACCUGGCAGCACAAAAAAGUGAAAUGUGGAGUCGGGCCGGUAGUUAGUAAGAAUAUCGUAGAACUGAAUGACGGCUCGAAAAAUCCGAAGAAGAGAGUGGAGAUUAAAGUUAGUCCCAAAAUGCAUCAACUGACGGCAACGACAACGGAGGAAGAACCCUGCACGGAAACUUCCGAGAAAAUCGAUGAGAGUAGCACACUCACGGAAACUAUUACUGAACACACUACCGGAUUAUCCUGCGAAAAUACGGAGAGUGGCGCUUGCGAAGCAACCAUGACCUUACCUAGUAGUUUAUUAAAAAACGAAUAUAAAUUCAGCACAACUGAAGGAGAAAUAAUUGAAGAGGAAACAACUAAAAAAACAGUUACCGAGUUGCAGCACAGAUCCGAAAGCGAGAGCGAAGAAGAUCGUUUAUUCACAGAUUCGAAAUUAUUAACGCCACUUGGUGAAGUGGAAGUGAAAGACUCGGACUCCAGAAGAUCAACAACCCUUCCCAAAAUACUGACUACGAUUGAAGAAAGUGAGGAGAAAAACAUAGAUUGCGAAGAGAAUUCGUCAGAUCCAGCGUGUUUAAUGCAAAUAUAUAGUACACCCUCUUCGAAAGAAUUAUUUCCUGAAUUAGUAGUUACAACGGAAACAACUACGAUAUCCGAGACAAUUAGUAGUAGAGAAGUAACUACGAGAGAAGUGACAUUUUACCCUUCUGUCGAGAAGAAAUUAGACGAGAUGACGCAAUCUUCAUCGAGAGAAGAGAAAGAAACUUCUGAGUUAGUAAUCGAAGAGACGACUCCAUUUGCACCUAUUUCCAUGGAAUCAUCGGAAGCGCCUCAAUCAACGGAUCAAGCAUUUAUCGAUACUAGUUCAUUGGAAACAGAGAUCAUGACAAGCACGUCGGAAGAAUCGAAGCUCAAAGAGGGCAGUGGUGAAGGUACUGAAUGGAUAAGCGAAGAGUUAGAAAAAAUUGACCAUGUUUCAUCGGCGAGCAUAGAGACAGUGACAUCAGGUAAAGAUGAAAUUGGGACAGAUGUUAUAACUGAAAGAUCAUCAAUUGAAUUUAGCGAGUUCGAGAAAACUGAAAAACGUGGUCAGAUAUUGGAUAAGGUAACUCAACCCCCAAUUUCGACUGAAAAUAUAACCGGAACUGUAAUUAUCGAGUCCGAAUCCACGAUGUCCGAAGAAGUGCCGUCCGAGGAAAGUAAAGAAACCACUGCAAUUGAAGGGAUGACGACGGUUGAGCUAAAGACUAGCGAGGAAGAAGAAUUUAUGUCGACGAUAACGUCGCCAACGAAGAUCAUCAAAUCAACGACCUUGUCAUCGACGAUAAGCGGCGAGGUAGGUUUAUCGUGCGAGGAGUGCGCGGAAGGCUGCGACGAGUCCGGAAAUUGUAUUGAGACGAUCACAAAGUGCGAUUCGGAGGUAUGUCCCGAGGAAGAGAGCACAGAGGCUCAAUCAAAAUUUGAUAUAACUUCUUCGCCAAUACAGACGAAAGUUUCGCCAUUCGUGACUGAUUUAGAACCAUCCGAGGAAGUAGAAACGAUCGAAACAGCAACGACUACAUUGACCUCUCGAGAGAGUGAGAGCAUUUGGACGAUUCCGGAGACUCGAAGAAGCACGACUAUAAGUACACCACAGCACAAACUGACCUUGAAGGUCAAGGUCCUUCUGGAGCAUAUUAACGAGAACAAGGAGAAACACAACUUGGUCGAGGUGGAGAAACAUUUAUUGCUGGACGAGAAUCCGGAACAUCAUAUCAAUCCUAAUAUACUUGAGCAAUUGAAAUCUUUGAACGAUUCCGUCAAUAUGGAGACCAUGAGCGCACUGCUAAAUUGUACCAGCUUGAGUAACUUGACAAGAGGCGUGAGGUUCAUCAGCAAAAAACCGAAUGAUGUUUUCGACGUUAAUGACGCAGACUUGGAGUAUACAAAUUCUGAAUUUGAGAAUUCGAUCUCGCAACAGUUCACUUCUGAAUCUGCCGAUGCUAGCAAUGAUUACUCCGAAUAUCAAGAGCAAGAGGUAUCAUCUCGAAGACGAAGACGAAGAAGUCUCGAUGAUAAAAUGGAAGAUCUAAAUAAAUUUGUUAAGCAAAAUCUUUCCGAUCCCACGGAUUCUGUGGUUGAUUCGUUUAAUAUUUCACAAUCUAAUCACACUGAGCUAAUGAACGAUGAUAUACAACUUUCCACAACGACCUUGAAUUAUUCUGAAGAGGAAAUAAAUGGUACAGAAAGUGAAAGAAACUUAACUAGAGAAGAUCAAAGUACAAUGCCUUCGACAACAGUGAGCAUUAGCUACGAUGUUGACCUUUCAAAUACUUCGGAAUCUCAUGAUGCUAAUUUAACGAUGGAAAACGUACAAUUAACCACAACGACAUAUAAUCCGACGACAUAUAAUUUAACGACAUAUAAUCCGACGACAUAUAAAGAGGAACUUUCCGAAGAGGAAACAAGUAGCGCUGUAUAUGUAGAAAGUGAAAAAAAUAUAACUAACGAAAAAAAUGAAAGCGUAGUGCCAUCGAUAAGUGACAUCAGUAAUGAAACAAAAAUGGAAGUCGUGCGAAGGACAUUACCAGGAAUACAGGAAGAUGUAGUGGUCGGAAUGCAGGAUAUGAUAUCGAAAUUGACGGAAAAUAAUUUGAAUCCGCUCAAUAAAGUUAAAGAAGCCAUCAAAACAAACAUUUUGGGUAUUUUAACCCCCAGAGAUGCUCACUUGAGGAGAAGAAGAGCGGCCACGGGAGAGGUGGGACACUGGUCGAACGAAAGGAUCAAGGAGGCGCCGAUGGGUGGCAAUCUUAGAAGUCUCACUGAAUUCACACUGUACAAAGUCCUUCCUUGAAUUGUAUGUCAAGAUUACGUUCUAUUUUGCUAUUUUGUAAUGUCAAAAGAUGAUUUCAUUGAAGACGAAAUGAAAGAUUACGUUGUAUGCACCUUUAACCUUAUGUACAUUAUAAUCAUAUCAAUGUAUGUUACCAAAAAAACGUUACAGUAUAUAUCAAACUUUUGUCUUUUAAAAUACGAUGGUAAACGACAGAUUAAAAAAAAA